AUGAGCUUAGCUACAGAGGCAUCAAGUACAUUUGAUCGACACACAUUUCUCCCGCCGUCGAAUGUGGUCAUACCAGCUGCUAUCGACUGGCGUAAAAAGGGUGCUGUGACUACGACGAUUGAAGACCAGGGUCAAUGUGGCUCGUGUUGGGCUUUCACGGCGACAGGUGCCCUGGAAGGACAACAUUUUAUUAAGACCGGCAAAUUGGUGGGACUAUCGGCACAGAAUCUAAUGGAUUGCUCCGGAAAAUUUGGUAAUCAAGGUUGCAAUGGAGGACUGAUGGACGCCUCAUUUGACUACAUCAAAGCCAACAAGGGUGUGGACACGGAAGCAAGCUAUCCGUAUGAAGCAGUGGAGGGAAAGUGUCGCUUCAACCGGACUAAUGUGGGCGCCACCGAUACGGGUUUUGUUGAUCUUCCACCUGGAAAUGAAACCGCUUUGGAAAUAGCUCUUGCCACCGUGGGCCCAAUAUCGGUCGCGAUUGAUGGUUCACAGUCAUCCUUUCAGUUCUAUUCGUCAGGUGUUUAUGACGAGCCAGCAUGUUCGACGACACAAAUUGACCACUCAUUCGUUCUUGUUGGCUACGAUACGCUUACCAAUGGCACCGUCAAGCAAGAUUAUUACAUAGCAAAAAACUCCUGGGGCGAAUCGUGGGGUAAUAAAGGCUACAUUUGGAUGAGUCGUAACAAGAAAAAUCAAUGUGGCAUUGCGAACAUAGGAAGUUAUCCCCUUGUUUAG